AUGGGCAACAGCGCCUCCUCGGGUCGCGGUCACCACGAGGAGACCGUCGACUUUGGCUACCUCACACCGCAAGGGGUCUACACCGGCCCGCGCGACUGGAACCAGUCAAUAGUUGCACAACUCAUCUGCGAGCGCAGGCUCGCCCCGUUCUACCGACCGCUCGAGGAUUUCGACGAGUCAUGGGACGAUGAACAGAUUCUCGUACAUAGAAAGGAGCCCCCACCAGAUUCCGAUUCCCCCGCAGAAGCGUCCUCAUCACGCAUCGACACCGGCAGCAUAUCCUCCAGCCGGUCGCACAAACGCGGACACACAAGCACGACUUCGAAGGAGGUGAUUCGACAUCCAGAGGCGGCGAUAUACCGAGGGGCAAUCGAGUGCCCGAUUUGCUUCCUGUACUACCCGCCGAAUAUCAACCAUUCACGGUGCUGCGACCAGGCCAUAUGCACCGAAUGCUUUGUGCAGAUCAAGCGUGCCGAGCCGAACGCAACGCAUCUCGUGUCCGAGCCCGCGGCCUGCCCGUACUGCGUGCAGGAGAACUUUGGCGUCGUCUACACGCCGCCGCCGUGGCGCGCGGGACUGGGCAGCGAGGGAGCGACACCGCCUUCAUGGCCGGAGUCGCCCAAGCAGGCCGAACCAAGUGCGACCGCCGCGAUGAAGCGGCCACGCAAGAGCUUUGGGGCGGACAGCCCGGAGGUCGUCACGAUCGAUCAUAUUCGGCCGGACUGGGAGGCGAAGCUUGCGGCUGUGCGCGCGACAGUCGCGCGGCGUGCGAACAGGCGCAUCAUCAUGCGCCAGGUGGGCGAUCGGCUCAUCCCCGUUGGGAUCAGCAGCGGACGCGUUCAUGCACUCACGCCGGAGGAGGGAGGGCAACAACCAGAGAAUGCGGAGGGUGCUGUCGAGCCAGGUGGUGGUCGCAGCCGGCGCUCGCGGAGGAGACAGCAAAACCAGGAUCUAAACCAGUUAUUGGGUACGAUGGGCAUUGCUGGGCAGGAUCUCGAGGAGCUUAUGAUCAUGGAGGCAAUGCGGUUGUCGCUGCUCGAGCAUGAGGAGCAACAGCGAAAGCAGCAAGAGGAAGAGGAGAAGAAGCGGCGUGAGCAAGGAGGAAGCGGGGAAGGAGAGCAGAGCGCGGGCACGGGUUCGUCGUCAUCGCCAGCACCGCUCGACACCACUUCUGUUGCAGCAGCGGCAUCGUCUUCUGCAACCACCCCCGAACCUGCCCCGUCUCCGAGCAACGCACUCGCCUCGUCAACACCCAUCACGCCUGUGAGCGAGUCACCGAAUACGGGUGGCGUGCCCGUGCCCACACCUGCACCUGUCCCCGCUGCUGAGCGUAGUGCUCCCAGCCCCGCCUCCUCGACCACUCCCGACGCGACGGUCUCACCCUCGAGCCCGCCCACCGUAGACGACAAUGCCUCGCAACCACAUACGCCUCCGUCCGCAUCCGAGCCCUCAAGCAGCAGCACCAACAGCCGUCCGGUGGGGUUCGACCGCGUUGACUCGACCGCCUCGUCGAUGGCACCCGGUGCGGGUGGGGAGGCGUACGAUGUACUGUCGUCUUCGCCGGAGUCCACGGUGUCGCACAAGCCGCUGUUGCGCUCGAGGCCCCCGAGUCCCGCGGUGAUUCCGGCUGUCGCGGAUGCUGCAUGA